AGAGGACGAGGGUGAAAGAAAGCGACCAACCAGCAGAAAGAGAGAGAGAGAUCAGGGCUAUUUGAACGUGCUAGAGAAGGAGGGAGAGAGAGAGCAUGAGAGAGGGAGGGAGAAAGGAAGAGAGAGAGAGAUAGAGAGAGAUAGAGGGGGAAGAGACCGAUUGUCAGCAGCAAAGGAAAUAGAAGUGUUACUACUGAGUAGCCACUGAAACGCCGCCUGGCUGUCCAGGAUAUGCACCAACUCCCUGUGCCACUCGGAUCGACGGACACGCUGUAAAAUGUGAUUUUUCAAAGGGCCUGACUAUUGCCGUGGUGAUUUUUUCCCCCUCAUUUUUUUAUUUUAUCUCUCACUUUUCUCUCUCCUCCCCCUCUCUUUUUUUCUUUCUUUUUUUUCUUUUCUGCGGGCUGUUGGAUUUUGUCUCGCUAACACUUCCACAGUCAUCCUCUCCAUUUUACCAAGGAGGGAUCUGCACAGAGUGAUAAAAAGGGAAGACAUGAGUCUCUGGGGAUGAUGCCAUUGCCGCUGGUGCCACCCUCCCUGUCGCCAUGACAAUGCCGCUUAGUCCCCUCUCCAGUGACGAGGAGCAGCAAAGGAUGCUGGGUAACAAUCAACACCUUUAUCCAGGGGCGGAGGACGAGGAAGAGGAGGAGGAGGAGGAGGAGGAGGAGGACGAGGAUGGAGAGGAGAACGGAGAGCUGGACGGAGAGGAGGAGGACGAGGAAGAGGAAGUGGCAGUUUCCAUCCGACGUGGCAGUAGCCAAUAUCAUGGAGGCAGGGAAGAGGGGCACAGGCAAAUCGGCAACAUGGCUGGACGAGUGACAGGAGACAGACAGCUGCGGCCCGGGAACUCCGGGCACGCCGCUAACCCUUAUUCGUCCAACCCAGGACCCCCCCACCAACAGACAGCCAAUCAGCAGCAGCAGCAGCAGCAGAGGCGGCUCCGGGAGCGAAGCUCCUCCACAGCGCCCUCUGCUGAUGACGCGCACAUCAGCAUGAUGGUGUUUCGCAUAGGCAUCCCUGACAUUAAACAGACGAAGUGCCUGCGCUUCAACCCAGAUGCCACGGUGUGGAAGGCUAAGCAGCAGGUGCUGUGCUCUCUUACCGAGUCCCUGAGGGACGUGCUCAACUAUGGCCUCUUCCAGCCGGCCACUGAUGGACACGACGCCAAGUUCCUGGAGGAGGAGCGCCUCCUCCGCGAGUACCCACAGUCCUUUGAGAAAGGCGUUCCCUACCUGGAGUUUCGUUACAAAACCAGGGUAUACAAACAGACAAACUUGGAUGAGAAACAACUUGCUAAAUUGCACACAAAGGCCAGUCUGAAGAAGUUCAUGGACUACAUCCAAAGCGGCUCAGUGGAGAAAAUAGCCAAAUUCCUUGACAAAGGUGUUGACCCAAACUACCACGACCCAGACACUGGAGAGACUCCUUUGACACUGGCAGUGCAGUCAGAUCAGUCGGGAGGGGAGACCAUUCGGCUGCUUGUGAUGGGGGGAGCACACAUCGACUUCCGAGCCAAGGACGGCUUGACCCCCCUACACAAGGCUGUCCGUUGCCAUGGCCACACUGCACUGCUGACUCUGCUCUCACUGGGGGCCUCUCCAGACUAUAAGGACCGGCGUGGCCUGACGCCACUCUACCACACUGUGCUGACAGGGGGCGACACCUCCUGCUGUGAGACGCUGCUCUUCCACAGGGCCAAAGUAGGCAUCCGCGACGAGAACGGAUGGGAUGAGACCCACCAGGCCUGCCAAAAUGGCAACUCUCAGCACUUGGAGCAUCUACUUUUCUACGGAGCGGACUCUACUUCCCAGAAUGCCUCAGGAAACACUGCCUUGCACAUCUGUGCUUUAUACAAUAAGGAGAGCUGUGCCCGCAUUCUGCUGUACAGGGGAGCCAAUAAGGACACCAAGAACAACAGUGGGCAGACCCCCUUCCAGGUGGCUGUAAUGUCUGGCCAUUUUGAACUUGGAGAGAUCAUUAAAAACCACAGGGAAACUGACGUGGUGCCCUUCUUGGAGUCGCCCAAGUACGCCCCCCAGAGGCGGGAGAGUGCACGCACGCUGGCCUUGCCUCACCCACACCCCUUCCUGCGUGCCAACAGCGAUAACAGCAUGAACCUGCCCGACUGGAUGGCUUUCCCCAACGCCGCGGGCUCCAACAUCGUCUCUGUGCAGGGCUAUAAGCAGGGCACCCUGCGCAGCUCCAGCAGUCCGCGUGGGGCCCGCACACGCUCGCCGUCUCGGGGUAGAGUUGUGGACAGAGACGACAGGAGCCGCCAGACGCGGGGCAGACAGGGGGGUGGGGGUGGUGGUGGUGGUGGUGGUGCUGGUGGUGGUGGUGGUGCUGGUGGUGCCAGUGGCUCCAUCAGCAGUCAGGGCACAGUGGGAGGAGGUCAGCGGCGCCGACUGUACAGCGCCGUCCCCGGACGCGUGUUUGUGGCCACGCGCUCCCACACCGCCCAGGGCGAGCGCGAGAUCAGCUUCAGUAAGGGAGACAAGGUCAAAGUGCUGAGUGUGGGUGAGGGGGGCUACUGGGAGGGCACAGUGAGGGGUCGCACUGGCUGGUUCCCCUCGGACUGUGUGGAGGAAGUAGCACUCCGCAGCUUGGAGCCCCGCUCAGAGAGCCGCAGCGAGAGGACCAAGCGACUCUUCAGGCACUACACCGUGGGCUCCUACGACAGCUUUGAUGCGCCCAGUGACUACAUAAUCAAAGAGAAGACAGUGCUCCUGCAGAAAAAAGACAAUGAAGGUUUCGGAUUUGUUCUAAGAGGGGCCAAGGCCCAGACACCCAUUGAGGAGUUCACUCCCACUCCGGCGUUCCCAGCACUGCAGUACCUCGAGUCUGUUGACGAGGGGGGUGUGGCCUGGAGAGCGGGCCUGCGAAUGGGAGACUUCCUCAUUGAGGUGAAUGGGCAGAAUGUGGUUAAGGUAGGCCACAGACAGGUGGUCAACAUGAUCCGGCAAGGUGGCAACAGCCUGAUGGUGAAGGUCGUCAUGGUAACUCGCAAUCCUGACUUGGACGAUGGCACCAGAAAGAAAAUCCCUCAACAGAGUAAGCGUCUGAGCACGCCGGCAAUAGCCCUGCGCUCCAAAUCCAUGACCUCGGAGCUGGAGGAGAUGGUGGACAGAGCUGCUACGCCAUGGAAAAAAAAAUCAGAGUUCGAAUCCUCCCAAGUUACCGAGAAGAAGAGGACAGUCUAUCAGAUGGCUUUGAAUAAACUGGAUGAGAUUUUGGCUGCAGCUCAACAGACAAUCAGCACCAAUGAGGGGCCGGGGGUUCGGGCGCAGGGGUCAAAGAGAGAGCGAGGCCGCAGCUUUUACGGCAAUGAGCCAAAUUAUGACCAGUCGGGGAUGGGGAUGAUGUCGUCUGGGGCAGGGCUUGGUUAUGACCGGGGCCAGUUUGCCUCUGGCCACGCCCCUCCUCACGGUAUGCUGCGACAGAAGUCCAUCGGGGUCCCUGAGGAGGAGAAGUCGUACCUCCAUCCUCCGGGCAUGAAGUUUGCGCGCAGCUUAUCCGUCCCUGGCUCAGACGAAAUCCCCCCACCCCCGACCACGGCUCCGCCCGACCCCCCCUUCUCCUCGGCGCCUCCCCUCGGCUGGAGGGGCAAGACUGCCCAGCAGUCGUCCGCCGUGUCCGUGUCCCAGUCCACCGCCACCUCCGCACACUACCAGCUCUACCAGCAGUCCGGUUACACCGGCAGGGACAGGGGUGGCGGAGGCCCACCGCCUGACCACACCGCCGCCUCCUACGCCCACCAGGCACCCACUAGGACCGCCUCCCGAAAGGUGAUUGGCUACCCAGGUGAAGUGGGCGGGGUGUCGGGGGCCGGGGGUGCUGCCGGUAUGGGCAUGGGUGGAGGGAAAGCGGCGGGCUUGAGGAGGGGUUACAGUAAUGCCGUGCCCCCGACCAGCAUCGCCACAGUGAUGCCCCAGCAGCAGAUGCAGGCAUCCCAGGGCCAGCCACGGGGUCCUGGGGACCAGCGAGGGGCCGCCGGCGCAGGGGGUGGCGGUGGGGUUGGAGCAGGGGCGGGCGGUGGUGGUGGUGGUGGCGUGCCGAAGGGCGGCGCCCGGCGGGGGAAGGGCCCUCUGGUCAAGCAGUCCAAGGUGGAGGACAUGCGCUCGGCCCAGCUGGCGGCCCUGGGAGGGAAGGGCUCGGUGGAGAAGAGCUCCAUCCCCAUCCCCACCAUCAUCGUCAAGGCGCCCUCCACCAGCAGCAGCGGCCGCAGCAGCCAGGGCAGCAGCGUGGAGGCCGAGCCUCCCCAGGGCACCUCCGCAGAUGCCGACGGCUCUCAGCCCCCGCCCGGAGCGGCCCCGCCACCCCCGGCCGUCACACCGCCCGCUCCCCCGUCCACGCCAGCUCCGCCACCCCCCUCCAUGCCCCCGGCUCUGCCCCCGUCGCUGCCCUCCAUCCGGGCACAGGACAGCAUGGACUUCACCAGCCAGUUCGGCGCCGCCAUCGUCGGGGCGGCCCGGCGUGAUCGCGAACGCUUCCACGAGGCACGCCGGAAGAGUGCCUCCUUCUUCCUCUCGGCCGAGGAGGACGUCGGGGGUGCGAUGGUUGGAGGAGGAGUAGCAGGAGGAGGAGGCGGAGUGGGCGCUGGAGGAAGAGUGGGAGCUUCCCAGCAGCAUCAGCUGGGCGCCCAGCCCACCCCCCGCCUGCGCCCGUCCAAGUCCAUAGACGAGGGCAUGUUUUCGGGCGACACCUUCAUCCACCAGGCCCGCAGCAUGCCGCCGGCCUUCGGGCUGCCCGAGUACUCCACAACCGCCACGGGGCAGAUGGGCGACUACCAGCCCAAGUCGGUCCCGGUCGACUUCUACGGUGCCGGCAUUCGGACUCAACAGCAGCAGCUGCAGCAGCAACAACAGCAGCAGCUGCAGCACACCACCACCUUCAUCCACCCGCUGACGGGGAAGGUCCUGGACCCAUCGUCGCCGCUGGGCCUAGCCCUGGCCGCCCGGGAGCGCGCCCUGAAGGACGACAGCCGCAUGCGGCGCGACCGGACGGCAGGCGGAGGAGCCGAGCACAUGUUCACCCGGCAGCUGUCCAGCGUGGGCGUGUACCCGUCCGCCAGCCCGGCGGCCUCAUCCUCGACGCCCUCGCACUCCUCGGGCACCUCCUCCUACCUGGUCACCUCGUCCUCGCUGGCGGCCACCACCACGUCCACGCGGCCGCCCUCGCCCAGGAUCCUGCGCUGGGGCGAGGACGGGUCCGGCUCGGAUCGCGAGCGGGAGACCAGCGGACCAGCGGGAGGCGGAGGAGGUGGAAGCGCGCCAUGCGCCCUGGAGGGUUGCGAGUCCCGCUUCGGAAGACAAAGGCGGUCCCAUCAGCACUACCACUACCAGGCCCAGCAGCAGCACUACCAGCCCAGCUACAAGGAGCGGGAGCGCCAGCGCGAGAGGUCCCGGGAGAGAGACGCGGAGCGGGCACAGCGAUCGCAGACGCCGCCACAACAGCAGCAGCAGCAGUUACAACAACAGCAGCAGCAUCAGUUACAACAACAGCAGCAGCAGCAGGCAUCCCAGCAACCACGGCGGCCGUCCUUCCUGCGCAUGGAGAGCGAAGCGGGCUCCUACAUCCUGUCUCUCACACCUCCCUCCCCACCAGCUGUGACCAGCCAGACCCAGGGAGGAGGAGGAGCGGGCGAACGGGGCACCGCUGCUGCCGCCGGUGGCUCUGGCAUCAUGGUCCUCCCACCCCCCGCGCCAUCCGUGGAUGCCGACGACGAGUUUGUGUUCGCCGACCCACUGCCUCCGCCAUUGGAGUUCGCCAACAGCUUCGACCGGGGCAUCCCGUCGAGUGGCAUGAGCGCCUACGCCAGCCUGGUGGCCAACAGCAUGGUGUCACGGCAACAGCAACAGCAGCUGCACUUUCAACAGCAGCAGCACCUCCAACAGCAGCAGCAGCACCUCCAACAGCAGCAGCAGUACAGCGUCCCCCAGCCCCCUCCGCCACCUCCGCCUCCUCCACCUCCUCCGCCCCCACCACCCCAGAAGGAGUCCUACAUCCUGACCGGAUACUCACCGCACACGCCCCUGCCCUCCCCCCAGGCUGGAGACUCUACCACGUCCAGCCUCACGUCCUAUGACAGCGAGGUGGCCAACUUGACUCAGUCGGCCCCCUCGCCCUCCUCCCCCCACAUCCAGCACCCGGCCUCCCCAUCCCACGGCCACUCCCACACCUCCCACUCCUCGGCCCUCCAGCCGUCCGGUCCUCCUCCCCCACCCAGCGUCUCACCUCCACCUCCUCCGACGUCGACCUCUGCCUACCACCACCACCGGUCCUACGGCCUCUCCCAGACACAGGCACAGCACCACCUGUACAACAGCACCCACUCGGUGACGGGACGGGCCUCCUCCCCCACCCCUCCACCCCAGUCCAUCAGCACAGUGCCUCCUCCACCCGCCUACCGAAGCCCGUCGCCCGUGCCCACGUCUGCAUCCUCUGCUGCCCUCAGGGGCGUCUCGCUGGCCACUGCUACCGCCACGUCCAGCGCCGCCUCCGUGACCAGCUCCGCGCCGAGUGAGCGCCCGGCCACGGUCUCCACAGUGGCCACGGGCGGUGGGAUCCGACGGGGGUCCGACCACCGGACACCCACAGUUGCCUCCACCACAUCCUCCAAGAGCGUCGGCGAGUCGCAGGAGACAGUGGUGGACUCGGGCAUCGAGGAGCUGGACAGCCGCAGUAGCAGUGACCACCACCUGGACAGCAUCCUGGCCAUGAGCCGUGCCGAGCGGCUGGAGCGGGGCGGCGGUGUGCUGCCCAGCGAGAGCGACCGCACCAGCACCGACCUGCUCGAGUCCUACAUGAGCUACCUGGAUGGACAGUCCUUCGAGAUGCACAACACCAAGACGGCCGCCAACGCUGCUGCCGCCGCGUCCACCUCAGCCGCCUCUAGCGGCUCGGCCGUCUCCACCUACCCCAAAGUGCACGCCACCGCUGAGGCGUGGCCGCCGGGCAGACCAGCCGCGGCACCAGCUGCCUCCGUCGCCCAGAAAGCAGCCAGGAGGAGGAUGACGAUGACGAAGAGGCAGAGGCGGAAGCGGCAGCGGCAGAGCGGCAGGCAGAGAGACAGCUACAGGCCCCAAGACGCCGAGAUGAAGUCCAUGUGGGGCGACGGGACGCAGAUGUCCACAGGGGCCUCCGGCAGGGACGAGGGUGGAGCGCAGAGCUUCAUCGAGGGGCGCAAGAUGCACCCGCCCAUGUCCGGCAUGAAGGCCAGCAUCAUCAAUGAGCUGAGCAGCAAGCUGCACGAGAGGAACAAAGGCAUUGAGAGCUGGGGCAGCCAGAGGUCACUUGCCAGACACAGACACAGGUUCUCCGAGGACUCCACGGCUGCCCUGAGCCCUCCCUCUGUCCGGUCCCCGUCUCCCUCCCCCAUGUCGCACUCCCAGCCGUCCCUGGCCCCCUCCCCAACCGCCGGCUCCCAGUCGGGUCACUACUCCAGCUGGGCGCGGUCACCUUCGCCCCAGCCCCCGUCCGGCGCCUCUGGCCUCUCACAGG